UCAACCACCGACCAACAUGUCGCCCAGCGUACCAUCGCAAGCCACUGCAGUUUCGGUAGGGAGAUCCGACAACUAUUCAGGCUAUGCACUUCAUCGCGGAACGUUUCCAUCAUUGUCGGCCCUACCCGAGAUGAGUAGGAUGACUCCUUAUACGACAACACCAAGAGCACUCGAGGGUCCUGUCGAGCGUUCUCUUUUUGGGCAGUCGACAAACCUGCUGAUUGAUCCUGUUCAGCGCUUGGCGCAGCCCAUGACGGAUGCACCUCCGUUCCAUGAGACCAAUGUCAUUCAUCCCAUCAUCUCGGGCAAUCAAACAAUUAGACCUGAGAUACAAGCGAAAAUUCACAAGGGAUUUUUCCAAGUGGACGAAAAGUGGACCUGCUAUCGCCGCAACUAUUUCUCUGUCUCGUGUUCUUUUUCUUUAUGCCCUAUGGCUCAUGGUCCCCUUUACCUCAAAUUUUCCGAGCAAUCAACGGCAGAGCGCAUCCUGUCAUUUUCUAUGUCUAUUUCGGCAAUAGUAAAUGCACAAUGCGGGGAGCCUCGAGAGCUGGUUCAGCACACCCCGAAACGAGACAAGCAGUCGGAAAGAAAACCAGGGAAGAUCGUGCUUCAACCGUGCCAACCUUCGCCAUUAGCCCUGGGCCACGGUGGGGCAUCCAGCAGCAGUCCUCACAGCUACUCACUCACACAGUCGGCCGGAAUACCGAUGGAGUAUACUUCCACGUACGCUGGGGCCCCGCAGCCGUCACAGCCCCCGACACAACACACUUUUGAACGCAUCCAAUUUCAGAAAGCGACGGCAAAUAAUGGCAAGCGACGGGCUCAACAGCAAUACUAUAAUCUGGUGGUAGAGCUAUAUGCAGAAGUCUCCCAUCCGGUGGGUGGAACUGAGACCCAAUGGUUUAAGAUAGCCCGCCGACUUUCUCACCCCAUGGUCGUUCGUGGUCGCUCCCCAGGCCAUUACAAAGAUGGCCGACGCGAUAGCUCAACGAGCAUGGGCCCAGACGGGGGGAGUGGGGGCUCGGGCGACGGCACCGGAGGCGCUGUCCUACCCCCGGGCAUAGGACAGGCUGCACGGUCUCACUUGACCUUAAUGCCGUACGACGCUUCUCACCGCGGCGGUCCACAUUAUCCUCGCACCGAUUACCAUCAAAUGACAGCCGCAGACCAGUCACCGCUCAGCGAAAGCCCGCAUAUAUCUUCAUCUUCCUCAUCAGCGUUCGACCUGGGGCUCAUUACGGAUACAAUGGACCCCAUGGAUUCGAUGAAAAAUACGACUAGUAUAGAUUCAUAUCAGGAUCCUGGCUACCAUGUUCUGAAUGGCCGAAAGCCCGGUAGCCAGUACCGCCACCACCUGCCGUCUUUUGACUACGACUCAAUCACUAAAAGCAGCGACGAGACCGGCAACGGGUUCGCGGACACUUACGACCCUAUGGUCUCGUUUGUCCCCAACGACCAGCAUGAGUCGUCGCAUUAUCUGAAACAACCUUCUCGAAUGGCUCCAAAUCUCUUUCACCAUUCCACGAGCAGUGGGUAUGAUCCUGUCUAUUCAACGCGUGCCAGCGACGGCAGUCCUUAUGGUCGCUUUUCAAAUUCCCAGAGUCUGUGCGCUUAGCAGUUGGCACUUUCGGCUUGACCCUGACUUGCCCUUCCUGUUACGCUCCUUUUAGCUGAUGAACCUUGACCUCUAGUCCUGUGGACUGCGUUUCUCCUUGUACCGCCUCCUACAUCCCUUCUCUUCUAUUCUCAGCCUUCUCUCAUUGAAAGCUCCAACACUAUCACUAUAUCUCUGCUAUUCAGAGCCCUCGGGAGGAUCAAACUUGACGGGUCAUUCUGGUCUCCCUUUUGAUGUUGUUUUGUCCUUCCUUUUCUUAUUCCUCUUCUUCUUUCUUUCUUUCUU